CACAUGCAGCAAAGAGCGGUAGGGAGAGAGUGGACACAAGCCGAUCUCUGAAAUAUAUUCAUAUAGUUAAAUAGGUGAAUAACGGGCCAAUAUCGGCAUGUAAAACUGUAUCUGUUACUGGAGAGUGACGCCUCUUGCGGUGAAGUUUACAUUGACGCGCCAUAUUUUUACAUAAAGAGUAGUGUGAAAGUAGACCUAUGAUCAGCGCCUUUGCUAAGGGGGAAUGUUUUCUUGACGUGUGACACCUACUGUGCCUAAUGAAGGUGUUGGCUCCCUGGUAAUCCAUUUAAUCCAGUCUACAAAGUCACUUAUCUCCUCUUCCAUUAUGCGCGUGCCAAUUAUCAGUCGUUUCUGUGUCCCGGUCACAUCUCCAAAGGGCUCUCUCCCUCUCUAUUUGGAUAACUAGAUCCGCGAGACACCCCCUCUUAAGCAUCACUCCUCUCUUCAACAGUGUAGAAGGUGUGAAGACGUGCGUAUCCGAAUCAGUGCGACUCAGACACUGAUUGAUUUGGACAAACCUGCGUUGUAGAUAAUCGACUGACUUCAAUUGGAUAAUGGAUUAACGCGUCAGAGAUAACGCAAACAGGCUAUUCUCAACUCCAGAUGUCAAUGUAUUGGAAGAAAACACUCACCCAUCCAUAAGGAAGUGUACCCAACUAUUUUAACCUAGUUGAAUAAACCGUUCACCGGUGCGCACUGAGAGAGUGCGUGGUUGUGUGUGUCUUUUGUACUUAUAGCCCAAGUUGGUCUGGUUAAAUGGGGAGGCUUAAAGAACCUAGACAUUGACCUAGACGCAACAUAUAGGCAGACAGACAGUGAAAGGAGAAAUCAGUCGCUUUGAGAGUCUGAGUGGUCAGAGUUGCGUCGAAGUGCGGCAGAGGGAUAUGGAUUGUGCGUCGGAUGCCAUCGGACAUCAGCGCGCAUCUCUAUCAAGAGGAAGACUUUAAAGCUGUUGCUGCUGGUCGAAUAGGUGACCUGCUCGUAAGGAAACAAGUUCUGGAAAAGAGAAGCUCGGAUGAGGACAGAAAACAACGUUUCUCUCGCGACGUAAAGAAUAUACAAGUUAGGGAUAAAUUGGAUAGAUUGGGGACUUCAAAUUACUUGUUAGUUGUCACUUCAAUGGAGAAAAUGAUUCAAGUCGGAGGGAGAUGUCUGACAAUAUUGAUGAUCUUUUUAGUACUUUUCGUUGGAUUGGUGAUGGGCUUUCCCACCAAACAGCACAACAAACUGCAUAACGGCGUGUCUUUGGAGGCUCGUGCUCAGUCGCCCGCCAGUGGGGUCCAUCGUGGACCGGAGGCCCUGGAGCAGCAGAACCAGGUCCAGAGCCUCCUCCCCCCUGACAUGGAGCACCGCCACAAGAGGAGGUGGUCUCACUCUCAGCAUCGCUCCGUAGGGGUUCUGCCCCAGCCUGAGCCAGAGGAGGAGAUUAAACCCUUCGUUCUGGACCUCAAGAACUUCCCUGAGCUCGCCAAUGCAGACAUCAGCUCUCAGAACCCCAACAUCCAGGUGACCAUUGAGGUGGUGGAUGACCCUAACAUAGAAGUGGAGAUGGAUCUGGUAACGGACGAGGACUGGAUCCCUCCUUCCUCCCCUUCCACUGUAGACUGGCUGGGCGGUAAGAAGCUGUUCUGGCCCCUGUUCUGGGGCUACACAGAUGCUGACUCCAGUGAGGAUGGAACUGGCCGCUCAGGGCUGGAGGAGACUGAAGAGGAGGAGGAGGACGAUUACCUGUUGGAGUAUGGUAGUGAGGAGCCCCUCCCAAGUGGAGUGGGGGGAGACUGGGACAGUCGCUGGAAUGAGGGUUGGGACGCCACUCAUAGCUACUAUGAGGAGGGGACGGAGGAGUGGAGUGCCUGGUCUCUGUGCUCAGUCACCUGUGGUCAUGGAGAGAGGAAGAGGACACGGUCCUGUGGUUACAGCUGCACCCUGACAGAGGCCACCAAAUGUGACAUGGAGCCUUGUCCAGACGCUGUCAACACAGUGGCUGAACCUUUCCCCUUCGAGAUGGAGAACGGCACUGAACCGUUUGGCACAGAUGUGGACACCUGUGAGAAGUGGCUGAACUGUAAGAGCGACUUCCUCCAGAGAUACCUCAACCAGGUCCUUUCAGAACUACCCAGCUGCCCCUGUGCCUACCCCUCGGCCGCCGCCUACACAGUGGUCAGCGCUUUCGACGAGGGACACGACCGGACCUUCCGUUGGCAUGACGCCAGUGGCCCUAAAGAACGCCUGGACAUCUACAAACCCUCUGCGAGGACUUGCAUCCGCUCGGCCCUCUCCAGCGAUGUCGCUACGCUCGGCGCCCAGCACUGUUGCUACGACGACCGUGGCUGUCUGAUCACACGGGGUAAGGGUGCAGGAACGCCCAACCUGAUCAGCACGGAUUUCUCCCCGGAGCUCCACUUCAAGGUGGACGUGCUUCCCUGGAUCCUGUGUAAAGGGGACUGGAGCCGCUUCCACGCGGUGCGGCCGCCCAACAACGGCCUGGUCUGCCCGGAGAACCCCCACCUUGACGUGUUCAUAAACGAGCUGGAGGAGGCCCGGGAAUACUGAGAACACACACAGCAGCCAAAACUACACUACCCAGAAUUCACCCGUACAGUGGGGCCCAAUCCUAACUUGAGAAGGGAGCGCGUGUAGGACUGUUUUGCAUAGCUUUUUGCAUUUUGCAUAUAAGGAGGUAUGGCGGUUGCAAGGUUGAGGUGCAAGUUGAUUUCAAGUUAGGAUUUGGCACAUUAAACACCCUGUGACCAGACCCAACAGAACAGAACUGAACUUCAUUGAACUGAACAACAACUAAAAAACGCAGUCCUGUCAAUGCUUGCCGACGUGUUUCGCAUCCAGCAUGGUACCAAGCUCUCUGUCUCUCUCUCUCGCCGUCUGUCCAUGACAUUGUCGUCUAGCCUGUUGGUGGCUUGUUGUAGGUGUCGUGGCUCUGUGUGACUGACGAAAGCAACAUAAACAUCCCAAAUGUACUUCCUGAUUUGAUUUUGCUGUGCGAGAUGUUUGAUACUGUAGUAAGUCUUGUUUUGAAAAGGGGAUUGUGGAAUGUGUCAUGCCCAACACAUGAAUAAAGUCAUAACUAUGCUGCUAUGAGAAGAUGAAGUUAAAUAGGUACUGGAGGGGGAUAUAUGAUUGAACAAACAUGAAUUUGCUGAAAGGUUAUUCUUAAAAAAUAUAAUCUAAAGCUGAGGAGAGAAUUUGGUCUAAAGAAAGAAGUUUACAAGCACGAACAACCACACCCAGCACCUCAUGCUCAUUCUUGAUACCAUGUCAACAGAACAACUUCUUAGAAGCUUGGAGGUGGAGACAGUCUUCUGGUCUGGACUGAACUUCUCGUCCUCUGUUUCAACAAUGACAGUUUGAGAACCUUCAAUCAUGGAUGUUUCUACAGUUUUCUCAGGGGGACUCAUAUUGUUAGAGAUUAUAGCCCAUACGUACCUCAACAGUGGAGCAGCAUUGGGAACCACUACUUCAGUGCACUUCAGAGUGCACUUCGGACUGUACUUCAGAGCGCACAUUAAAGAUGAAUGGUACCUGUUACGGAAACGAAAAAGUUGGAUCUACAGUGUAAAUGGAUGAAGAGCGGAUAAAUACAGUAUUAAUUCAGAUAAAGUUAUGAAAUGAUGCUCUGUGCGGUUUUUGGCAAGCCAUUUUUUCUGUCAAUGUAAUUAAAGUUGAAUAGCUGUUCUAUUCCAUUGCGAUAUGUUGCAUUGUUUUUGCAAAGACUUCGUAGGAGUGGGAACUGUUGGCUUGAAGUCUUAACAUUUAUGCUCCAAACCUCUUUCAGGAAUUCAGUUUUUUUUUAAUGUGUGCAAACAUGCAUUACAUUUUUAAAUCACAUGUUGUUGUUGUUUUUUAAAGGAAGGCACUUUAUUUAAGGUAUAUAUAUAUAUAUAUAUAUAUAUAUAUAUAUAUAUAUAUAUAUAUAUAUAUAUAUAUAUACAUAUAUACAAACGAUGGCAUGUAUGAAAAUCAAAUGUUUAUAUGUUUGUGAAAGGGUAACUUGCCAGAAAUGCUGCAUUGUUCAUUUGUAAAGUAUAUUAUCAUGUGAGUUUCUGUUUAAAAGCAUGGUUGAUAUUUUGUGAUUUCUUAAACUAGUAUAACUAUACUCAUAGAAAAAAGGUGCUAUCUAGAACCUAAAAGGGUUCUUCGGCUGUCCCCUUAGGAGAACUCUUAGAAUAACCCUUGUUCGUUCCAGGUAGAAUCCUUUUGGUUCCAAGUUGAACGGUUUUGGGUUCCAUUAUAAAACCUUUUCAACAGAGGGUUCUACAUGGAACCCAAAAAUGGUUCUACCUGGAACAAAAAAGUGUUUUACCUGGAGCCAAAAAGGGUUGUCCUAUGGGGACAGUUGAAGAACCCUUUUGAAACCCUUUUGUCUAAGAGUGUACCAUAUUGUCUUGUACAGUAUUUAUUGUCCGUUUUUUUAAGUCUGCUAAAGCUUUGAAAUGACUCUACUAAAACCCACAUGGUGCACUACUAGGGUUGCAAAAUUCACAACAUUCACUUUCCCAAAAUACCCAGGUAAAGAAAAUCCUGGCUGGAAUAUUUGUGGAAUCGGCAGGGCAUAAACCUGCGAGGGAAUCAUCCAACCUGGAGUUCUUCAACUGGGAUUUCUGGAAAACUCCUGGAAUUAUUUCGGGAAAGGUUCUGGAAUCUUUAAAACCUACUUCGGACUGAGACACUCUGAUUCCACGGUGACGUCAGAAGGGAAACGACCUGCCUCACAUGAUAUGACCACUCCAACAGCAACUCCAUCAAGUGUCUGUAUCGUUUUAUCAUUUUAUUGUACUUCUGUGCUAUGAAAAUAUGUUGUGACAAAUACAAUGAGGAAUAUAAAGACAUUUGCAUUGAU